AUAAUUCUGUGUGGCGUAUUGAUCGUGUUUUCUCUCUCUCUGUCUCUCUCUCUCUCUUUUCCUUCUUUUUUUUUUUUGAGAUCGAUGCGGAUAUUAUCUUGGAAUAUCAAUGGGCUAGCAACGACUCUUCAAUAUCAUCCUUGGUCAGAGACAAAAUCAUACAAGAAUUUACUUGACACGCUUGAAGCAGAUAUUAUAUGUCUACAGGAAAUCAAAACUCAACGAUCGAAACUGACACGCGAUAUGGGGUUAGUACCUGGUUAUGAUGGUUAUUUUUCCUAUUCCAAGACGAAACCAGGAUAUUCUGGAGUCGCAGUAUAUGUCAAACAACCACUUCGUCCGCUUGAUACAGAUGAAUGUAUUACGACUGGUUUGACACCCACCUUUUUAGACACACUCAAAACAACGGAUCGCGAACUGUUGAAUAAUGAAGGCCGCAGCAUGGUAAUGGAUUUUGGUCAAUUCGUGUUAUUCAAUAUCUAUUUCCCUAACGACAGUGGAGAGACGCGGAUGGACUUUAAAAUGGAUUAUCAUCACUGUGUACGACAACGAAUAGAUCAACUCUUACAACAAGGUCGACAAGUUAUUUUGGCUGGGGAUAUCAAUGCUGUACAUGAACCUAUAGAUCAUUGUGAUCCCAAACAAUCUAUGAAAGAACGUGGUAUUACUGAUUUUAAGGAUCUCCCUCAUCGUCAAUGGAUCGACAAACUCAUUGCUCCCAAAGGUCCUCUGGUAGAUACUUGUCGAUUUUCUCAUCCUAAUCGAAAAGCCAUGUUUACUUGUUGGAAUACUAGAAUCAAUGCAAGACCAGCAAACUUUGGUACACGAAUUGAUUAUGUUCUUAUCUCUGAAGGGCUUUUACCAUGGUUCAAGACAGCCGAUAUACGUGCAGAUAUCCUUGGAUCAGAUCAUUGUCCUGUGUAUGCUGAUUUUAAAGACAGUUUACAAGAUGACAACAAUGUUAUUGAUUUUAUCCCCAAUAAUACCACUAUCGAUACUUCAUCUCCCUUCUUAGCUGCCAAUUAUCCUGAAUUCAAGCAAAAGAAGCUAUCCACCUUUUUUACCCAGAACAAAGCAACCACCAUUGGAUCACCAUUACCACCAUCACCAGCAUCAUCAACAUCAUCAGCAUCAUCAACAUCAGCAACCUCUUCCUUAACAACAACGACAGGUACCAAACGAAAAUCCAUGAAUACAGGAGAGCAAGGCAAUAAAAGACAACAAAACUUGAUCAAAUCAUACUUUGAAAAGAAAUCAGAUACUCCAAAGGAUGAGAUGAUAGAUAUGGAAGCAAUUGUAUCCCAGAUGGAAGCACGGCAAGAACAAAAUCAAGUUUGGACCGAUUUAUUCCAACCACCGACUGUCCCACGUUGCCGUGUCCAUCAAGCGAAAUGUAUUGAAUAUACUGUCAAUAAAAAAGGCCCAAAUCAAGGAAGAAGAUUUUAUUUAUGCUCAAAACCUGUAGGACCACAAGAUGGGAAUAGUGUAGAUUAUAGAUGUGAUUUUUUUCAAUGGAAACAUGAUAAAAAAUAAAAGAGAUUGAUUUUUUUUUUAUUUGA